AAAAGUGUCAAAUAUUCUCCCGGUGGAGCAAUCAUGCCCCCGUUCCCUGUAUUCAACUCCUCUACGGCACCUCAUCAUGGAGGCAGCCAGCGCAGCAACUGCAGCGAGUAACGCCACCGGCAGCCCCGGCCACGGCUGGCUGCGGACGACGAAUCUGGCGUUGGCGACGGUGGGGAUCGCCGUGUGCACCCCGUUGCUGGUGAUGCGGGUCUACACGAAGAUUCGGAUCAUGAAGAAAUUCUGGUGGGAUGACGUGUGUUUAAUAUGCGCAUGGGUCAUUUCCAUGGCGACGCAGGGGACUAUCAUCUACGGAUUCGAGCACGCGCACAUCGGCGUGCAUAUCUGGUUUCUGACGCCGGACCAGAUCAACACCUACCUCAAGGUCGUCGUCUCCGCCGCAACAAUCUACAUCUCCAGCCUGGCGCUGGCCAAGAUCGCCCUCCUGAUGCUCUACCACCGCCUGCUCAGCAUGAUCCGCUUCUGGAAGUACGUGAUCAACGGCGUGGCGAUUUUCAUCAUCGCGUACAGCAUCGCGCUCACGCUGGCGCUCAUCUUCGCGUGCCAUCCCGUCGGCCGGAACUGGGACGUCACCGACACGACGGGCGGGUGCAUCAGUCGGCCCGGGAUCUACAUGGCGACCGCGGUGACGAACACGCUGAGCGACGUGGUGUUGAUCCUGAUUCCGGUGCCCAUUGUGAUGAAGUUGACAUUGCCGACGGUGCAGAAGGUCGGGAUCUUUGGGAUGUUUUUGGUGGGGUGUUUGACAAUCGUCACGAGCAUCGUGCGACUGGCGACGUUAUGGCCGCUGGUGACCUCAGUGGAUCCGACGUAUAAGCUUGCGUUGGCGAGUGUGUUUAUCGUCAUCGAAGCCAACUUCAUCAUCAUCUGCGGCUGCUUGCCGUACUUCCGGCAGUUCCUGCGCUUCCACUGCCCCUGGCUCAUCGGCAUCCACAGUUCCACCGCCGAGAGCCACAGCCGGGGCUCGUCGACGGGCGAGACGCCCCCGUGCAAAGCGCGGAAGCCCGGGUUGAGUCAGCUGCAGGAUGAUAUUGGGAUGGCGUUGACGGAACCUCCGAUACCCAUGGAAAAUGGACGGGGGUAUUUCUCGGCUGUUUGAGAGGGUGGUAUUGCGGUGUGAGUCUUUUCUGGAGCCUCAGUUGUUGUUUGUUAUUCCGUUUUUGUUGUCUCUUGGCUUGGUUUCGUUUUUUUUCCCUCUUGUUUCUUUCCUCUUUUCUCUUUUCCUUUCCUUCUUUGUGAUUUCUUCUGUUAUGUUUGGAGUGAUACCCUGUCCUUAGAUUGAUACAUAAGGUGUAUAGUAUACGGUUUGUGAAGUGUGGGAAUACAGCGCAGUCUCAUCUCUG